GGGAGUGGAGGCACGGAGUUUCCCACAAUGCCCCUGUGCGGUGCAGCCGCGGAUGGAUGCUGCGGGAAGGGGCUGCCAUUUGCUGCCCCAGCCAGCGGCGCGCUGACCUGCCCAGUCUCCUGCAGUCGCCGCCACUUGGCCCCGGCCCGGGUCCUUGCAGCCGCUCCACCUCAGCUCGGUCCGUGGUUCCUGGGGUCGCCAACAUGAACACUAGCUCAGGGAGCGGAGAGGAGAAAGGGGCUGCCGGCAGCAGCAGCAGCGGAAGCGGCGGUGGCGGCGGCGGCGGCGGGAGCUGCUGCCGCGGAGCCGAGGGCGGUGUACUGGACACGCGGAGCGCAGGGGCUGGAGCUUCGGCGGCGGCGGCGGCGGCGGUGGCGGUGGCGGCUGCAGCAGCCGCCCUGGAGGAGCCUCAGGCCACCGGUCAGAAGGAGAAGGACGAGGCUCUGGAGGAGAAGCUGAGAAACUUAACUUUCCGGAAGCAGGUCUCUUACAGGAAAGCAAUCUCUCGGUCAGGCCUCCAGCAUUUGGCUCCGGUGCAUUCCCUCAGCCUACCUAUUGCCAAUGGUCCAGCGAAGGAACCCAGAGCAACACUAGACUGGAGUGAAAAUGCUGUGAAUGGAGAACACCUGUGGCUGGAGACCAAUGUUUCAGGAGACCUGUGUUACCUCGGGGAGGAAAACUGUCAAGUCAAGUUUGCAAAAUCAGCUCUCAGGAGGAAGUGUGCAGUCUGUAAAAUUGUGGUCCACACAGCCUGUAUGGAGCAGCUAGAAAAGAUUAAUUUCAGAUGCAAACCAACUUUCCGAGAAGGAGGCUCAAGAUCUCCAAGAGAAAAUUUUGUCCGUCAUCACUGGGUGCACAGAAGGCGACAGGAGGGAAAAUGUAAGCAGUGUGGGAAGGGGUUCCAGCAGAAAUUCUCCUUUCAUAGUAAAGAGAUUGUGGCCAUCAGCUGUUCCUGGUGUAAGCAGGCGUUUCACAACAAGGUCACCUGCUUCAUGAUGCACCACAUUGAGGAGCCAUGCUCUCUGGGAGCUCAUGCUGCUGUUAUUGUCCCACCUACCUGGAUCAUUAAGGUGAAGAAACCUCAGAAUUCAUUAAAGGCUUCAAAUCGGAAGAAGAAGAGGACAAGUUUUAAAAGGAAAGCCAGCAAAAGAGGAGCUGAACCAGAAAAUAAAGGCCGGCCAUUUGUGAUAAAACCCAUCUCCUCUCCACUCAUGAAACCACUGCUUAUAUUUGUGAAUCCCAAGAGUGGAGGCAACCAGGGGACCAAAAUUCUCCAGAUGUUCAUGUGGUAUCUGAAUCCACGACAGGUCUUUGAUCUUUCUCAGGAAGGGCCGAGAGAUGCGCUUGAGCUAUAUAGAAAAGUGCCAAAUCUUCGAAUCCUGGCCUGUGGCGGGGAUGGAACGGUCGGUUGGAUCCUUUCCAUCCUCGAUGAACUUCAACUCAGUCCCCAGCCGCCUGUUGGGGUUCUUCCUCUGGGUACUGGGAAUGACCUGGCUCGAACUCUCAACUGGGGAGGGGGCUACACGGAUGAACCUGUCUCCAAGAUAUUGUGCCAUGUGGAAGAUGGAACUAUUGUGCAGCUAGAUCGAUGGAAUCUCCAUGUAGAAAGAAACCCUGAUUUACCUCCUGAAGAACUUGAAGAUGGUGUAUGCAAGCUUCCCCUCAAUGUUUUCAAUAAUUACUUCAGCCUUGGAUUUGAUGCUCACGUUACACUGGAAUUCCAUGAAUCCCGAGAAGCAAAUCCAGAGAAAUUCAACAGUCGCUUUAGAAAUAAAAUGUUUUAUGCAGGGGCAGCCUUUUCUGACUUCCUGCAGAGAAGCUCCAGGGAUUUAUCCAAACAUGUCAAGGUUGUGUGUGAUGGAACAGACCUCACCCCAAAGAUUCAAGAGCUGAAGUUCCAAUGUAUAGUGUUUUUAAAUAUACCCAGGUAUUGUGCAGGCACAAUGCCUUGGGGAAAUCCAGGAGAUCACUUAGAUUUUGAACCUCAGCGCCAUGAUGAUGGUUACAUUGAAGUUAUUGGAUUCACCAUGGCUUCUUUGGCUGCCCUGCAAGUUGGAGGCCAUGGAGAAAGAUUGCAUCAGUGCCGGGAGGUAAUGCUACUAACAUACAAAUCUAUCCCCAUGCAAGUGGAUGGAGAGCCUUGUAAGUUGGCCCCUGCUCUGAUUCGGAUAUCCCUGAGAAAUCAGGCCAACAUGGUGCAGAAGAGCAAGAGGAGAACAUCCAUGCCUUUACUUAAUGAUAUCCAUAAGGUGCAAACCACUGAUCUGAGGAGAGUUUCUGCUCCCCCUGGCUCCUUCACCAUUCCCCAUUCUGUCCCAGACCGCCUACGGAUCCGAGUGAACAGAAUUAGUUUACAAGACUAUGAAGGCUUGCACUAUGACAAAGAAAAGCUCCGGGAAGCUUCUAUCCCUCUGGGUAUUCUAGUUGUACGGGGAGACUGUGAUCUGGAAACUUGUCGCAUGUACAUUGACCGCCUACAGGAGGACCUGCAGUCAGUUCCUUCUAGUACCCAGAGAGUUCAUUACCAGGAUCAGGAAACCUCUUUCCCCCGGGCUCUUUCAGCUCAGAGACUUUCCCCCAGGUGGUGCUUUCUAGAUGCUACUUCUGCUGAUCGUUUUUAUCGAAUAGACAGAGCUCAGGAACAUUUGCACUUUGUGAUGGAAAUUUCACAAGAUGAGAUUUUUAUCCUGGAUCCAGAUAUGGUGGUAUCACAGCAAGCAGGGACACCACCAGGGAUGCCUGAUCUGGUAGUGGAGCAAGCUUCUGGGAUGUCAGAUUGGUGGAACCCAGCUCUCCGAAAACGCAUGCUGAGUGACAGUGGGCUGGGGAAAAUAUCACCGCACUUUGAGGCUUCUGAGAAGAAUGACUUCAGCCACUCACACAUGCUACCGUCACCAGUCUCUUCAGAAGAUCAAGCACUUGUACAGGCAGUCAUAGCUGGAGAUCUAAUGAAGCUCAUAGAAUGCUAUAAGAAUGGAGGCAGUCUACUAAUCCAGGGACCAGAUCACUGUUCACUCCUUCACUACGCAGCUAAAACUGGGAAUGGCGAUAUUGUGAAAUACAUCCUUGACCAUGGUCCUUCUGAAUUAUUGGAUAUGACAGACAGUGAAACAGGAGAGACAGCAUUGCAUAAGGCUGCUUGCCAGCGGAACCGGGCUGUCUGCCAACUCCUGGUGGAUGCAGGGGCAUCUCUGAGAAAGAGGGAUUCCAAGGGCAAGACCCCUCAAGACAGAGCCCAGCAGGCUGGGGACCCAGAUUUGGCUUCAUACCUAGAAAGUCGUCAGAGCUACAAGAUCCUUACCCAUGAAGACCUAGAGACUGCAGUUUGA